AUGAUUUCUGCAGUGAUGUCCACUCAGGAGGCUUUUGUUGCUGCAGCUCGUAAACAUCUGUGUGCUGGAAGAAAAUCUCUCUCUGUUCCUCAGAGUCUGGACCUGGCUGCUCAGGUCCUGGCUGUCAAUUUGGGGUUGAAACCUGCUCUGCUGUACGACAGUAAUGGCACCAGUCCAGAGCAGGUGCAGCAGUAUGUGAGCUCUCUGCAGUCUUCCCAGCUUGUGUCUGAAUCACUUUUUACAUUGGAUUUAAAUGGAGACACACUUAUUGUUAAUCCAUUUGCUGUUAGGUCAAAUCUAGAGCAGGUGCUGGGCGGUGGUGGUGCCAUCCCUGUGAUUGAUGUCUGUCACUCACUGGAGAAGCCUGUCAUUACUGACAAACUCAGAUUAGAGCUCAAGAGCAUAAUACAAGAUUUACUGCUAAUCCUGAGAGAUUCUCAACAGCUAAAAAUGGUGAAACCACUUUGUGUGGGAGAGAAAUGUGAAGACUGGAAUCUGUGCACAGUCUUCGGUCUAUUGUUGGACUACCCUGUAAUUUACUGGUUCGAUCAGACCAACAGCUUUGAAAACUGUCUGUCUAUGACUCCUCUGGUGGUUACUACAGCUGCAGUAACAUGGCAGGCGGCCACUGCAGACCACAGAUGUCGUCUGUACUCUUUCAGCGUCCCGGCUGUUCUGCUCGAAGAGACGCAGUCCAACCUGGACUCCUGGAGGCUUCGUUUACAAGAGAAAUUUCAGCAGCAAAAUGUCUUCAAGGAUCUUGGGGUUUGUCAAAGCACAGUGACUCUGCCCUCAGUCUGUCUGUGAUGUCUUAUACAAAUACCCUGGUAUACAACAUGUGGGUUUUUCCUUUUAUCACUUCAUUAAACUGUCAGAACAGCCAUUUA